CACUGUCACAUUUUUCAUAAUAAAAAAUGGUUUCCUGGAGUGCGAUAGGCCGAUCUUUCGGCACAAACUUAUUUAAAAAUAACAUUAAAACACCGUACGUGCUGCAAAAUGUGAAUUUCUCGGUAGGCAAGAAGUUAGCGAGCGACCAUGGACACAGAACCAUGGCAUUACAGCCAUCCAGAUGGCAAUGGCACAAGUUCAAGGAUAUGUUCCACUAUUACCUGAUGGUGGGCUUCAUCCCUGUGGGUGCUAUAAUUUUCUACACCAAUGUGUUCAUUGGGCCUGCUCAGCUGACACCCACACCUGAGGACUACCAUCCCAAGCACUGGGAGUACCAUCGUCAUCCCAUCACCAGAUUCAUCGCCAGAUAUAUUCACAACAGUCCUCAGCAGGAGUACGAGAAAUUCUUGCACUUCAUUGACGAGGAAGCUCAGAGGAAAAAAAUUAGAGCCUUAGAAAAGGAAGUUGAACAAAAAAUGGCAGAAAGGAAUGAUUACCAAGCCUAUUACUACAGACCAAUGGUGAACAAAUAUCUUCGUAUUGAAAGGAAGGUCGGAGAUGAUAUCAUGGACCGCAUUGGUGAUGACUAUAAGGAUUAAAUAUACAACAAUGUACAGGCAUUUUAGUGAAUUUAGUUAUCAAGAUGUGUAAGUGAAAGUUCUUAGUAGAUAAGUGCAACCUUUUGAUUGUUUUCCUUUACAAUUUCUGUAUUUUUUGAUAAUAAUUAGUUUUGCCUGUCAUACCUAUCAUGUGGAGCUUUCAUAUACUUGUAUAGUUUUGUUGUGAAUAAAUUAUGGAAUAAUUUAA